AUGCUCAGGUCGCAGGCGCUCAUCGCCUAUCAGAGGAACAACAACGGCUCCAUGAGCGUGUACACGUCGUCGUCGGUCGACUCGUACGCCACGAUGCAGCCGGAGGGGAGAUUGAAGUACCGGGUCUUGGGGAUGUCCGCGACGUUCGAGAAGGAUAGCGAGAUGACGAUAUUCGCGCCGGUACACCUGACCAGCGACAUGGUGACGAUCGACCAAGUGUGGCAAGAAGAUCCCCUAAAUGGGAGAGGUGAUGGACUGAGCAUGCAUGCAACGAGUGGAGAUCACAUCACAUCUUUCGGAACUCUCAAUCUUGUCACUGACUCAACAUCUUGA